CCCACCUCCCAAACCCCCCCAGUCCCCCGGUUCCUCAGCAACCAGCCCGAAGCAGGGGAGGAUGGGUGAUGGGCCUGUGAGUCUCCCUGGUCUCACUCCUUCCUUCUCUCUCAUCCUCUCAUGGAGCCUCCUGUUGCCAACUCCACCUCCCCCUGGAACUCUUCCCAGUCCUCUCUCUCCGGACUUCCAGGUCCCUGGCUCCCAGCCUUCCCAGCUUCGCUGCACCCCAAUGCCUCUAACGUGAGUCUUCCCGUGGGCACCGGCGCCAGCGGAGCUCCCCUGGCCCUGGCCCAGUCCCUGGCCCUGUGUGCGAUGCUUCUCAUGGACCUCUUAGCGGUCGUAGGCAACCUAGCCGUCAUGGCUGUCAUCACCAAGACGCCGCAGCUGAGGAAGUUCGCCUUCGUGUUCCACCUGUGUCUGGUUGACCUGCUGGCGGCUCUGGUUCUGAUGCCUCUGGGCAUGCUGCCGGACCGGGUUUUGGCGCACGACGAGGCACUGUGCCGGAGCUACCUCUGUCUUAGCGUGGGUCUGGUCAGUGCCGCCAUCUUGUCUAUCUCUGCCAUCAACGUGGAGAGGUACUAUUAUAUUGUCCACCCCAUGCGCCAUGAGGUCAAGAUGACCGUGGGGGUGGUUGUGACGGUGUUGGUCGGGAUCUGGAUCAAAGCUAUUGUCACCUCGGCAAUGCCGCUCCUGGGCUGGGUGUUCCAGGGGAGCCAGGGGGUAGGAGUCGGGCUCGGAGGGGGACUAGGGGCUCCCAUGAUCCCGGGUCCUCCAAGUCAGAGACGUUGCUCCCUGCACUGGACCGGAGGAGGAGGGACCAUACGGUUAAUAUUCAUGCUCUUCUUUACCUUUGUCUACUUCCUGUGUCCAGUGCUGAUCAUCCUUGUUGUGUACUGUAACAUGUUUAAAGUAGCCAGGGUGGCAGCCAUGCAGCAUGGCCCCUUACCUACCGGGAUGGACACACCUGGGCCCCGCCCUCACCACUCCGAGUCCCUCAGUAGCCAAUCCACCAUGGCUGCCAGCCUGGGAGGCCCCGGAGGUGGCCCUGGGGGCCCAUGUCCUCCACUCCGCACCCCCAGUCAGAGGACCUUCCACGGGGGUAAAGCCGCGGCAGUCCUGGUGGCGGUUGGAGGCCAAUUCCUAUGCUGCUGGCUGCCUUACUUCUCCUUUCACCUGUACGCCGCCCUGGUCUCCACCCCCCCGACCUCCCUGGCUUCAGACCAGCUGGAGGAAGUCGUGACCUGGAUCGGUUACUUCUGCUUCACCUCUAACCCCUUUUUCUACGGCUGUCUGAACCGGCAGAUCCGCACGGAGCUGGGCCGAAGCCUAGCCUGUAUCUUUAAGCGGGCGGGGCCGGGCAACGGGGAUCAGCUGGCCAGCCGAGAGGCCUCUAUCGAGGAGAACUUCCUCCAGUUCCUCCAGGGGACAGGGUGCAAUCUGGAACCCUCCACCCAGGCACACAGCAGGGCCAGCAGGCCAGAGGAGGUGGAGGAGGCGGGGGAGAGGGGCCCUCUUCAAGAUGGACCUUGUCAGGAGAACACGCUGGUCCAGGAACACACGCCUGUUGACUUCCACAUCCCUGGACAGAUUAUCGAGGAGACCUCUGAGUUCUUGGAGCAGCAGCGUCUGAAUCUGUACAAUGACAUCAACCUAGCAGAGAACUGCUGCAGGGUAAACAGAACAGUGCUGGACAGUGCCUGAGCUGUAGCAGACACCGGCCACUCAUGUGUACUGUAGGCCUUUUUUGGGGGGGGCCUCAUAGGCCUCAGAGGUGGGAACACUAAAGUCUUAGUCUGUAGGACAAGCACCGGUGUGAAGUCCUAUGGUGAGAACGGCAGAUAGAUGCCAUGUUAUUUAGGAUGUCUGAGUAUUCCAUCUGAUGCUGGACUUGAUGGUGUUGUGUCCACAUUUGCUACAGUUUGAUUAUGGGACAUAAUGUGUACAUAGUAAGUAGUUACUACUACAGCUAAUGUACAGUGUUGCUAUCUUCUUUUGAAGAUUCCAUGUUGUUAUUAUCAUUCUAAAUCUCUAUGUUCAUUCUUCUGUCACUAGAAUCAGGGUUCCUUUAUGGGAAGGUUAGGAGGUAUGAUACAGGGUUGGGGGAAAUACCAUUUAAAUUCAGUAAACUCCGGAAAUAAACAGAAAUUCUAAUUCCAAUCAAUCCUCCAUGCUUUUCUAUGAGGUUUACUUCCUGAAUUGACUGAAUGGAAUAAAAAUGUACCCUAACCUUGGUAUGAUGACAUUGCUACCCAUUUUCUAUCAAGACCAAAACUCCUUCCAUUAAAUAUAUUUACUGCC